CUACAGAUUUAGAUAUAGAUAGAGAAAAUGCAUCGCUGGUUCUUUGCCAAUGAACGAGAGUACUGCCAAGUGCGUGGCAUUGAUGAUGCAUCGGCUUUUGAUGCGAAUAGCGAUAAAGCUGAGCCAGAAAUCGUCUAUACGGAUUGGCCGUUCUGCGUGACAACGGCGAAGCCGCUGCAGGGCAAUGAAUAUCUGGCGAUAACGGGAAAUUGCGAUGUGUUGGGCAAUUGGCAGCCCAAGAGCGUACACAUAAUGCAAGCUUCCGACUGCAAGUGUCAAUGCGCCUGCCAAUGCAUCAAGUUCGAGGCGACGGUGCGAAUUCCGCGCAACAAGGACAUCGAAUAUCGCUACUGCAUCGUUGGCUACGACCCGUUGGCGGACAAUGUGAUCAUACGCUUCUGGGAAGUGAUGGAACACCCGCGAAUAAUACGAAUGUGUCACAAUAUGUUAAGGCACUGCGAAGUCUUUGGCAAGAUCGAUAGGAACGCCACCGAUAUCAAUGUGGAUCGUGGCUGGGCCACAACGGAGACUAUCGUCCAGUUCAGGAUCUUCAAUGCGCCAUUCUUGUGGCUGAAGCAAGCGCCUCGACUGCUCUAUAUCUAUAUACAGCCGAUGUUUGAGACGCCGCCAGAGCGCUGUCUGGGUCGGACCAUGGACCCAGUGCGAUUGACCAUGCCCAUCACGUGUCGACGCUCGACAAUAAAUCAACAAAAUUUGCAAAUGGCCUUCACGGAGGUUGCCAAUCUCAAUUUCUCCGAAAGCCUGCACAUGCAGCCGAAGCAAGGGGUUCGCUGUGGACCGCAUGAUCUGCAGAUGUAUCAUUUCUCGCUGGCCCAUCCGCUGGAGACGCUCUACCGACUCGAUCUAUACACGUAUGCCCACAAGGCAGCCCCCGAUGAGCCCUCCUAUCACUAUGGCUAUGGCUUCGUACAGCCAACGGACCUGCACGGUUCGGAGGGCUGGCUGCGCAUCAAUAUCAAUUGUGCGUCCACGCAUCGACCUUUGAUCGAAAUGAGUUUGACGUAUUUGAUCAUCAGGCCGUUGGAGAGCAUCAGGUGUGAUCUUAGCGUCACCUACGAACGUUUCUGGAGCGAAAAGCAUUUGCCCAUGGAGAUCGGGCAUCGCGGCACUGGCAAUACGUAUCGCUUGGGCGAUGAUGUUUAUCGCGAAAACACUAUGUUUGCCUUCAAUCGUGCUGCUGUACAUAAUGCCGAUAUGAUUGAGGUGGAUGUGAUGCUAACGAAGGACGCUCAGGUUGUGAUCUAUCAUGACUUUGUACUGAAAUUUGCCCUCUGCUCGGCGUGGUGUGUGGAAAAGCUGCUGACCGAAUACGAUGUGAUGAUCUGUCCGUUUGAGCACUUCAGUCGGAAUCGCCUUUUGGCUAUGGGCGGCCGGAAGCGAGGCGAUUCGAUUUUAGUGCCCGUCGAAUCCUUUUGCUACGACGAACUGCAAUUGGUUCAGCCCUUACGUUACGUCUCGGCCAGCGGCUGCUCCACCGUUUGCGAGCGACAUCUGUUGAAUCAGAAGCCCUUUCCGCUGCUCCGCGACGUCUUCAAUAAGGAUAUGUUGUCGCUGCCCCCGAACGUGGGCAUCAAUAUCGAAGUGAAGUGGCCGCAACAGGAUACCAAAGGUUGCUGGCAGCGGCACAGCUCGAAGCCGAAGUUCGAUCGCAAUUUCUAUGUGGACAAAGUGAUCGAAGUGGUAUUUCGCUACGCGGGCAAUCGUCGCGUCAUGUUCUCCAGCUUCGAUGCGGACAUUUGCAUUAUGCUGCGCUAUAAACAGAACUUCUAUCCUGUUCUGCUGAUGGUGCAGGCUGCGGAGUUACCCGUGCAGUUCGCCGAUCAGCGUGUCAAUAACAUGGAGAACGCCGCCUUUCUGGCCAGCAUUAUGGAAUUCUUCGGUAUGAAUUUCUAUACGAGCACCUUGUUCAAGCAGCCGCUUAUAUUGGGCCACAUUAAGGAGUUGCACAUGCAGGGCAUUGUCUGGGGCUCAGAGACGACCGAUGCCAAGAUCAGGGAUAAGCUAAAGAGAUAUGGGGCAGUUGGUGUUACUUACGAUCGCAUCGAUCAGCAAAAUCAGGUUGGCGAGGAGCUGCGAGGCUAUGUCUACUGCAUCGAUUCGAUAGCGACGCGGAAUCAUGUGAAAAAUUUGCUCGAAUCCGAAAAGCUGAUCAAGUGUGCAAAGGGCUAGAAAGACAUAGAGAGAGAGCGAGAAAGUGCAAGAGAGUGUGCGAAAGAGAGAGGCAGAAAUCGUUUCUAUUUUUAUCAAUCGAGUUUUUUUAACAAAGGCAACAGCGUAUGUAUGUUUUAUGAGAAUCAAAUUAUUUUAAGUUAAAUAUAUAUUUGAUAUUUCUAAGGUAGUUAAAGCCUUUGCUGAAAAAUAUAUCUGAUAUGAA